CUCAACAAAUCCCUUACCGCGCAGAAACGGUGCUCAUUAAAUAAAGCGAACCAAUCCUGCAACUCUGUUGAAAUUUAGCGCUAAAAAAUGACCAAGAAGCUAGGUUUUACCAGAACAGGAAACGGGAAGUCAAAACUAAAAGUUCAGACCUUUGAAGAAGAAGAAGGAGAAGGGACCUCGAAUCCAGUUGUAAGAAAGAGGCUGAAAUUGAAGAAGGUUAAGGACUCAAAGUCCACGGCCAUGGCUAUUGCUGCCAGUUGUUUGAGUUAUUCUGAAUUUUUAUCAAAAAGGCUGAAUAUUCUUAGUCGUGAUUUCUUCGAAUGCGAUUCUCUUGAUUUGGCGCCUCGCCUUCUUGGAAAGUUUCUUCGAAGGGAUGAUGUCGUGCUUCAAAUUACAGAGGUGGAGGCUUAUAGACCAAAUGACACAGCAUGCCAUGGUCGGUUUGGUAUUACCGCACGAACAGCACCAGUGUUCGGGCCAGGAGGUCACGCGUAUGUCUAUUUAUGCUAUGGGCUCCAUUACAUGCUUAAUGUUGUAGCUGACAAGGAAGGAAUUGGUGCAGCUGUCCUCAUUCGCUCUUGUGCUCCUAUAAGUGGUUUGGAGACCAUACAGCAGCGCCGUGGUCAGAAAACUGACAAACCUGUCCUCCUAGCUGGGCCAGGGAAGGUUGGUCAAGCAUUAGGCCUAACAACUUCAUGGUCAAAUCAUCCUCUUUAUAUCCCUGGGGGACUGGAAGUAUUGAAUGGACCGGCACCAGAAAACAUAUUGGUUGGUCCACGAGUGGGGAUUGAUUAUGCAUCUCCAGAACAUGUGAGUGCUCUGUGGAGGUUUGCUAUUGCAGGUACUCCUUGGAUAAGUGCGCCUAGAAACAGUCUUAAGGCCUCCUUGAUGUGAUAUACAUUGUAUGUUGCAUUCACGUCGCGUGUACAUGUUCAUGAUUUUUUCUUCUUUUCUUAUUUUUUUUGUGAUGUUAUUUGGAUAUUAACAUAAAAGCAUUGUUACUCCUGUGCCCUAACGAAAGUCGAAAGUGUUUUGUUUAGCUGAUUGUUGUGUACGUGUGUACUAUUGUACAUUCAAACACAUGAUCUCAAACAUAUAUUGUUCAUGUCUUUUUACCGGUUCGUGAAUUAUGAAAUUUGAAGCUUA